UAACGGAGUACGCUGCGGCGCCUCCCCGUCCUCCUGUGCCACGACAACUCCGUGGUGCCCCCCUGCUGCCACCUCUUCCGUAGGCUAGGAUCCUGCAGAGUGAGGAUUUAAACCCCAAGGUGAUGGCAAAACAUCUGAAGUUCAUUGCCAGGACUGUGAUGGUACAGGAAGGAAAUGUGGAAGGUGCAUACAGGACCCUAAACAGAAUUCUCACCAUGGAUGGGCUCAUUGAGGACAUUAAGCGACGGCGGUACUAUGAAAAGCCUUGUCGCCGACGACAGAGGGAAAGCUAUGAAACCUGCCGGCGGAUCUACAACAUGGAAAUGGCUCGCAAGAUCAACUUCUUGAUGCGAAAGAAUCGGGCAGACCCAUGGCAAGGCUGCUGAGGCCUGUGGAUUGUAGGCCCAGUAUGAAAAUCCCUCUCCAGCUGUCUCCUUCCUAUCUCAAACCUCAUUUUUCCUCCCCUUUUUUAUAAUAAUAAACUCAAUCACAUAUAUGCAAGAAGGCCUGCAUAUAUAGAA